AUGGCCGACUGGAGUCCAAGCUCGUGGACAACCAAGCCCAUCAAGCAGGAUGUGGUCUACGAAGAUGCCAAGGGCGUGAAAGCGGCUCUUGACGCGCUGCAAAAGCUUCCCCCGUUGGUGACGACACAGGAGAUCAACAAUCUCAAGAACAGCCUAAGGAAUGUCGCUCUGGGCAAAGCUUUUGUCCUGCAAGGUGGCGACUGUGCGGAGUUGUUUGACUACUGUAACCAAGAGAUGAUUGAGGCCAAGGUCAAGCUACUACUGCAGAUGAGCUUGAUUCUUAUCUGGGGAGCCAACAAGCCCGUCAUCCGCAUAGCACGCAUUGCUGGACAGUUUGCCAAGCCGCGAUCCAGCCCAACAGAACUCGUCAAUGGAGUUGAGAUGCCUUCCUUCCGUGGAGACAACAUCAACGGCUUCGCUGCCGAUGCCGAGUCCCGAAAGCCAGACCCGUCACGUCUGGUCUCGGCUUACUUCCACUCAGCCGCAACCCUCAAUUACAUGCGAGCAUCCCUCUCCUCCGGCCUUGCAGACUUGCAUUCCCCUCUAGACUGGGGUCUUGGCCACGUUAUCGCGCCCUCGAUCAAGGAGCAGUACUCAAGGACUGUCAAUGCCGUCAAGGAUGCAUUGCGUUUCAUGCACACAGUCGGUAUCGAUAAGGACCGUGGCGUUGAGACAGCAGAUAUCUACACCAGCCACGAGGGUCUCUCACUAGAGUACGAGCAAAGUCUGACGCGCUUGCUGAAGCACCCGCUCCAGCGUAACUCGAGUACAACUGCCCAGCCGACGUCUGGAUUCUACGCUACCUCUGCACACUUCCUCUGGAUUGGUGACCGCACGAGGCAGCUUGACGGUGCACAUGUCGAGUUCUUCCGCGGCAUUGCCAACCCCAUUGGCAUCAAGAUCGGGCCUACCAUGGCCGCAGAUGAGCUCGUGCGCCUGUUGGAUGUCGUCAACCCCAACAAGGAAAUCGGCAAGGUUAUAUUGAUCUCACGCUACGGCACUGCGAAGAUCGCUCAGUUCCUGCCCGGCCAUAUCGCCGCCGUGCAGGCUUCCGGCCAUAUCCCCGUGUGGCAGUGCGACCCCAUGCACGGCAACACACAAGCCACCCCGUCGGGCGUGAAGACGCGUCACUUCACUGAUAUCCUGUCAGAGCUGAAACAGGCACUGGAAAUCCACCGCCAGGCUGGCUCUUUCCUGGGGGGUAUGCACCUUGAGUUGACUGGGGAGGCUGUGACGGAGUGUGUCGGUGGGGCAGCGGGUCUGACCGAGGAUGGGCUUGGAGAGCGGUACACUACCUUCUGUGACCCGCGCCUCAAUGAAAAGCAAGCUCUUGAGCUUGCGUUCCUCGUGGCCGGAUUCUACCGUAACGAGUCAGAGGAAUGA